CCGCUGGAAACAGAAGCUCCAGCGAAUGUUUUCAACUCCUGAGUCCACUCAGCCAUGUCCCCCUUGCAAAAUCCUCCCCUUCCCGCACCCCCCUGCACCCAGCCAGCCAAUCCGCAGCCUGCGAGCCUCGCCAGACCCAUCUCCCAGGGCCUCGGCGGGAUAAAACCAGUCUGCGAUGCUGGGUGGAUGGGAACAAACUUCAGAACCAGAAGAGAAGCUGGGCCCAAGCCACCAGCGUGGGCAGGUGGACGCAGGCAGUGAGGGCCUGCGGCCAGCCGGCCAGGGCAGCGUGGCGCGGGCACAGCCGCGACCUGCGUGAGGAAGCCCCGAGUGUUCCGCAGACUGUGAGCGACUCCCCGGCGAUGCCUCACAACUCCAUCAGAUCCGCUGUCCCUGGGAACGUUGUCGUUUUAGGCCAUGGAGGGCUGAACCAGCUGGGAGGGGCCUUUGUGAAUGGCAGACCCCUACCGGAAGUGGUCCGCCAACGCAUCGUAGAUCUGGCCCAUCAGGGUGUGAGGCCCUGCGACAUCUCUCGCCAGCUCCGUGUCAGCCAUGGCUGUGUCAGCAAGAUCCUUGGCAGGUACUACGAGACUGGCAGCAUCCGGCCUGGAGUGAUUGGGGGCUCCAAGCCCAAGGUGGCCACGCCCAAGGUGGUGGAGAAGAUUGGGGACUACAAGCGGCAGAACCCCACCAUGUUCGCCUGGGAGAUCCGAGACCGGCUCCUGGCUGAGGGUGUCUGUGACAACGACACUGUGCCCAGUGUCAGCUCCAUCAACAGAAUCAUCCGGACCAAAGUGCAGCAACCUUUCAAUCUCCCCAUGGACAGCUGCGUGGCCACCAAGUCUCUGAGCCCGGGACACACACUGAUCCCCAGCUCAGCUGUCACACCCCCGGAGUCACCCCAGUCUGAUUCCCUGGGCUCCACCUACUCCAUCAAUGGGCUCCUGGGAAUUGCUCAGCCUGGCAGCAGCAGCGACAGCAAGAGGAAGAUGGAUGACAGUGACCAGGACAGCUGCCGCCUGAGCAUCGACUCACAGAGCAGCAGCAGUGGGCCCCGAAAGCACCUUCGCACAGACGCCUUCAACCAGCACCACCUUGAGUCACUUGAGUGCCCAUUUGAGCGACAGCACUACCCGGAGGCCUAUGCCUCCCCCAACCACACCAAAGGCGAGCAGGGCCUCUACCCACUGCCCUUGCUCAACAGUGCCCUGGAUGAUGGGAAGGCCACCCUGACCCCUUCUAACACGCCCCUGGGGCGCAACCUCUCGACUCACCAGACCUACCCAGUGGUGGCAGCUCCGCCUUUUUGGAUCUGCAGCAAGUCGGCUCCGGGGGCCCAGUCGGCGCCUCGGUCCCGCCCUUCAAUGCCUUUCCCCAUGCUGCCCCCGUGUACGGGCAGUUCACGGGCCAGGCCCUACUCUCAGGGCGAGAGAUGGUGGGACCCACGCUGCCCGGAUACCCACCCCACAUCCCCACCAGUGGACAGGGCAGCUAUGCCUCUUCUGCCAUCGCAGGCAUGGUGGCAGGAAGUGAAUACUCUGGCAAUGCCUACGGCCACACCCCCUACUCCUCCUACAGCGAGGCCUGGCGCUUCCCCAACUCCAGCUUGCUGAGUUCCCCGUAUUAUUACAGUUCCACAUCAAGGCCAAGUGCACCGCCCUCCACUGCCACGGCCUUUGACCAUCUGUAGUUGCCAUGGGAGUGACCAGGCAACAGGAGGACUCAGCCUGGGACAGGCCCCAGAGAGUCAUACAAAGGAAUCUUUAUUUAUUACAUGAAAAAUAACCACAAUUCCAGCAUUGCAGCUCACUCCCUGUGUGGUUAAUUUAAUGAACUAUGAAAGACAGGAGGAUCUUGGAGAAGGCCAAAUGUCUUCCAAGACUCCUUGAAGAGGGACAGGAGUCCCAGGGGAUGAGAAUCAUUCCAUUCCAAAAGUGACAGGAGGAGAAAUGUGCCUGGGCUGGUACCCACCCAAGGAGAGAAGAGGAACCCAUGGAGCUCAAGGGGGAUGACAGAUGGGACCUGCCUGGCCCAAGGGCACACAAGGACCAUGUGCAUAGCUCUUCCAACCAUACAACUCCAGCAGUUGUGGACUAAGCAGGUCUUUCCAGCCCACUGAUCACAGCCUGUGCCAAGGCUCUCCCCAUCGGUCACCCUGAGAAUCAUCUCGUCCAGUCUCCUGCCCUCUGCUGUCCAGCUUGCUUGGCUCUCCCUACACUUCCCUUCUGGGCAUGGGUGGAAGGCUAGGCAAAUAGACCAGAAAUUCCACCGGGUUGUCAGCUGACCUCCCUUUCUCUGUUGCUGUGAGUGUACAAGCACCACCCCAGCCUCUCCCAUAGCAGCUCAUCUCUUUGGCAGCUGCCAUCAGCCAGAAAGCAACUGGAGACAGACAUCCCAAAGGGCCCUGGCCCCUGGGGGAUGAGGUGCAGCUCUGCCCAGAGCAGAGGCAAGCAGAAUGGUAGAGACUGAUUUCCUUCCCAACAGCUCCUGCCAAGCCAAUGGUGCGCCUGCACUCCACCCCACGCAGCCACCAAGGAGACCCUGAAGCACCCCCUGAAGCCAGCAAGGAGGGUCCCUCUCUGGCCCCCACAGAUCCUUCCCCUAAGACCUGAUUGUAAAUAUUGUAAAUGAAGCUCUAUUUGGGUCAAGCUUCCCUCUUUCCAUCUCCCACUUUGCCCUCUUGAGUGAAUUGUCUCCCCACCAUGUUGGGCUUCUCUCCUUGAUGCUUCUUUCUUUUUUAAGGACAACCCACCAUUGCCACAUGACUCAAUAAACCAUUACUCUUCUUCUUA